AGAAAGCUCUGCAAUUUUCUGCUUCUUCAAGUAUCAUCCAAUGUUGUCAGGUCUUCACGUGCACUACAAUGUCCAGCUUAGAAGAAAUAUCCAUGUUGCUUUCAAGCAAAAGCUAUAUAAAUAUUUUAUUUGUAUCAUUUUGCUCUAUAAAGGGCCAGCUUUGUGCCCUUUAGUUUCUUCCGCACCAGUAGGAAGAAUCGAAGCAAAAAAGAAAAACUUUUCUUUCCAGCUUCUUAGACCGGUUUGAACGUUACAGUUAACAAGGCGCCAUGAGGAAAAGAAUUAGUGCUCGUUUCAGAAAAUUUAUUUCUUGCACCGAAGCUGCAUCUGGGGCAAUCAAUAAUAGUACUCCGCCCGACCCAGCCGGUUUGAACUUGCGCGAGGAAUAUGCAAAUGCCUUUCGUACAGAGUCCUACGUUGAGUUUUGGGCACGCGUCUUUUCCCUAUCCAAUGCUGAUUCUACCAUUCCAACGAAUCCAACCACUGCAGCUCGGCUCCCAUCCUACCGCCUCUUUGCCGAACACCUCCUCGACCCGGACCAACCCACCAUCACUCGUAUCCUUGCUUCGGCCAGUAUUCAACCCCCUUACCAAUCCAUUUUAUGCGAUUAUUUUAUCCAAACCGCCAAUGCUUCUCUCCUAUGUGGCCUGCUAUUGAAAGAUAUUGACCGUACACGUGUCAUACACCGCUCUCUUAGAACAACUACCCUACUGACCCAGGCCGAUUUCGUCAACCCGUUUGUUUCAACCGCAUCAUCGCCCACUCGGGUUCGGGCUAUUCAAGCCAACUGCCUCCGAUUAUUGAAACAACUCGAGUCAAGCCGUGACAAGGCUCGAGUCCAGCUUCGGCUUGUAAAUAGAUUAGAACGUGGCUCGGCUGUUUUUCUCGUGGCGUUGACUGCUUCAGUCGCUGUAAUAGUCGCAGCUCAUGUUAUAACUUUACUCGUGGCCAUGCCGGGUCUUAUAGUGGCUUCACUAGAGUUGGUUUCCGCAAGGGGGCUAGCUCGUGCAAUGGCUCAGCUCGAUGCAGCCGCUAAGGGGACUUACAUAUUGAAUAGGGAUUUGGACACAAUAAGCCAGCAAGUGGGGAGGCUGAAUGAUGAGCUGGAACACAUGCGAGCAAUGGUUAAGUUCUGGAUUGAGAGAAAAGAGGACGAGCUUCAAGCCAAUGAAGAAGUGGCGCGACAACUGAAGAAGAAUGAUUGCAGCUUUAGGCAGCAGCUGGAUGAACUUGAGGAACAUUUGUAUCUGUGUUUCAUGACCAUAAACAGGGCUAGAAACCUAGUAGUAAAAGAGAUCAUGCAGCAGCCCGGAUGAUCAGUUCCAAAACUUUCUUACGGUACACUGAUAAUUGAUUAUAUAGAAGUGUUAUAGUUAUGAAAAAAUUCCAUAAAAAUAAAUUUAGAAACUGAUAUAGUUGCAUAUGAUAUGUUAAAUGUACUUUACAAUAAGAAAAAAAAAAAAACUUACAAUAUCAAACCACUUCAAUUUAUUAAUUUACUUUUAUGGAUAUUCUUUAUAACUAAAACAUUUAUCUUAAUCAUAUUAUGCUUUGACACUUAGAAACUUUUAUUUCUUACACUGAGUAUAUUUGCUUUUAUCUUUCAUUCCCGCGUCAGAUUUCUCAUGUUCUAUUAUUUAUUUUCUCAAAAUUGCAAAGAAUCCUUGUGACCUGACUUGGGUUAUUGUGUAAAGGAUGCAUGCACCAUGUCGUCCAAGUUUGAAUCAAUUCAAACUUCAAGAAGAGUUGAGAAAUUAGGACUAAAUACAUAUAUAUAGGGUAAUAAAACACGACCUGUCGCUGAAAUCAGAGACAUCAUGUUGUUGAGAAACUGCCGUUGAUUAAAGUUUCGGGAACGUACCGUUAACGCAACGCAUGCAUGAAGGUUUUCAUUAUGGGUGUGGCGUUGGUGAGGAAUGAGUAAGAUCACUAAGAGCAGUGUUUCAACCCCACCAAACAAACAAACAAAAAAAGUCCAUUGUAUAUGGUACACGUGCUCAUAAUAGUAGUUGCGAGCCACCUCAACCUAUGUUUCCUUUAUCUUUACCUUGAAAAUAAUGUUGCCCUUCUAGCUAAUUAUUUAGAGAGAGAGAGAGAGAGAGUCUACCUUGUUGACGAGGUCCUAUAAUUAAAAUUCAAUAGGCAACCAUUAUGACCCAAAAUUUAGUGGAACAUGCUACCUUAAUUCAUGGAAUAUGUAGGGGCUUGAGAUUAAUCUCUAAUUGUGUCUAAUUAAUGUAGUUUUAGUUGGUAAUGGGCCUCUCACAACUCAAAAACAAGAAACUAGCACCAAUCAACUGCGCGCCUAUAGUUACUGUUCACAGAAAAGCCCAAUAAAAAGAUAUGUAUAUAUACACACAUCUGUGUGUGUGUGUGGAGGCAAGCACCUCUUUCUUUAUGUUCUAAGCAAUAUCGUAGCAUUUCCGAUCUUAAGUUUUUUUUUUUUUUUAAAACAGCCGUUACUUAUGGCUCUUCGACCCCACUUACCAUCCAAUUAAGCCGUUUGAUGCAUAUCAUGUUCUUCUCUUUGCAAUAGCCAUCUGGCUGACCCGUUCAUGCCAAGUCAAGCUUUAAUAUCAUCCAAUUUGCCCUACUACUUGCUCGAAACUCGCAUGAACUUUGACCGAAAGAAGACAAAUCUCACAAGAACUUUCUUUAUACGUUUAGUACUUUGCGUAUAAGGACA